AUGUCCAAAGCCGUUGCUUUCUCGCUGUCCCGGUUGACGAGGCCCUCCUCUCUCGCACCCGCAUAUUCUCGCUCUCCCCUCCUCCUCCUCCGUCUUGUCUCAAAACGUUCAAUAUCAACCCACCAACCAUGGCGCCCUUCUUCUGCUCUCGAAGAACACGUCGCCCGUGAAGCUCGUCCCAUCUCCCUCCGUCAGCUUACCUUCUUCGGUCGUAACCUUACUCUCGAGCGUCUUCUCGACUCGGCAAACUAUGUCAGGACCGAAUUACCAACCCGGCUGGCCCACCGGAUCCGUGAUAUGCAGCGACUGCCUUAUGUCGUCGUAACCAAUCCCAACAUCUCAAAGGUCUACGAGACAUACUAUGAAUCGUUCGAACAGCUGAGGAAGACUUCGGAGAUCAAAUCUUCCGAGGAAAACGACAAAUUCUGUCAGCUUAUCAAAAAAAUGCUGAACAACAACCUCUCCGUCAUACCAGACCUCGCUAUUGGUGUUCUGGAGUGUCGUGAUUUCGUACCAGCUGCCGAAUUAGACAACUUUCUGAAGACCAUGCUCAAGAGUAGAAUAUCCCGUCGAACUAUCGCCGAACAGCACGUUGCUCUCACCGAAACCUUCAACUCCCCUUUCUUCUACCCUCAUAGCGAAGGCAAUGGUGUAGACCACACUAACGGUGUCGACUUUGUUGGCGAAGUCUUCCUGAAAUGCAAUGCCCGAGAGGUCGUUGAAAAAUGUGGGAAGCUCUGUCAAGAUCUCUCUCGACAAGCCAACGGACCUGAUACACCGGUUCCAGAGAUCAUAAUCGAAGGACACCCCGAAGCCACUUUCCCAUAUAUUCCCAGUCAUUUAGAAUACAUCAUUGGCGAACUUCUCAGAAACUCCAUUCAAGCGACCAUUGAACGUCACGGCAGCGAUCCCAAAACAAAAUUACCUCCCAUAAAUGUCUUAAUCUGCCAAACCCAGCAGUUCGUAAUCUUCAGGAUCUCAGAUCAAGGUGGUGGCAUCCCCCAAGAUAUCUUCCCGCAUAUUUGGUCGUUUAGCAAGGGACCUCGCCGACAAAAGCAGCUUCAAAACAUCUCUCUCGUCCCGACAAUGUCCGCCACACUUCAGGAAUUAUUCCACACAAGCGCAGGGGAGGUUAUCGACAAGAAUGGUAAACGACGGAGGGGAACCUCACUCGCACCGCUUUCUCAUCGACCACCCAAUCUAAGACUAGGGUUGGGACUUCCUCUAAGCAGAGUAUAUGCGGAAUACUGGGCCGGGAGCCUGAAACUUCAUAGUUUGGCUUCAUAUGGGGUUGAUACGAUAUUACAAAUCAAUAAACUUGGUAAUAACCUAGAGAGACUGGUUGAACGCAGGAACUUAGACGGGAUAUGA